ACCGGAGAUGCGUAAAGGGGAAGUUUGCUCUCUUUAAUCCUCUGUCAAUGUUUCUAAACUCGCGCGCACACACACACACGGGAAGCAGAAUUUCCACAUUCCGUUUGGAGUUGUACAGUACUGAGAAGGAGGGACACACCUUUACUGGAGAGCCCCAGGAGAGAGGAGGAGAGGAGGGAUUAGUUAGUUACUUAGUUAGUUAGCUUGACGUGAUUAGGAGGGCUUGGCUUCUGUGUCUGCCGUUGUAAACGUUUUACACUUGGAUACGUACAGUACGGGCUGUGGAGGACAGGUUGACAGCCAUGUGUUGUUGGCUAUGCCUGGACAUUUAUUAAAGACAAGGCAACAGGUCGUUAAAAAGAGAUGUUCUCUCAGUGGGCUCUACUGUUGUUGUGUACUCUCCCUGUGAUGGCUGUCCACUCAGAGGGAUGUCAGUGUCCAGGAGCCACCAUUUUGGACCAGUUUCCCUCUGUCCUACCCGCUGAGACCUGCUGUCUGAACUACUCCGGCUCCACGUUCGGCCAUGUUCCCUGGGCCAGGCUCACCAAUGGGACCAGACUACAGCUCCUGGACCUGUCACACUGUAACAUCACUCAGAUCGACCUGGAGGACACAGAGACCACACUCUCUCCUCUCCAGGAGGUCUACCUGGGUCACAACAGACUGACCUCCAUCCCAGGGGACUUCCUGUCAGAUCUACCCAGCCUGAAGGUGCUGGAGUUGGGCAUGAACCAGCUCAGGGAGCUACCUGAGGAUUUCCUCCAGGGAUCUGAUGGCCUCCGGGAGCUGGAUUUCAGUGGGAACCUCCUCCGCUCCCUCCCCAUCUCUGUCCUCUCCCUGCCGGGCCUGGCGAGGCUGGAGCUGGGGAACAACACCUGGGACUGCUCCUGUUCUCUGGUGGAGGGGCUGGAGGCCGGUGGGGGGCAGGGAAACAACAACAACAACACCAGCCUGCAAGGCAUCGUGGGUAACAUCACAUGUGCAUCUCCUGGGAAUCUGGCGGGGUGGCUCGUGUGGUCGGUGGCAACGGGAGACGUCUGCCGCUCUCCAGGUCUCACCGCACUUUUCAUCGUCCUGCCCCUCCUCAUCCUCACCGGUCUGGUCCUCUGCCUGUGCUGCGGUAGGAAGAGCAAAAGCAAGGAGGCGCCCGCGUUCGGCUCUUCCAAGAAGAAGGCCUCUCACUCCCAUUCAUCCAACGGCCACCGACACCACCACCGCUCUAAGCCCCCAGUAGGAGGAGGAGGAGGAGAGGGUAACGUCCCCAUGGUGGGGGACAGCAGCAGGGACGGCAUUUUGAAGAGCCAGCUCCUCCUACGAUCCUCCACCACCCUCCUGAGCUCCACCAGGGACAUCUAUGAGGAGGUGGAGAUGAAGCUAGGUGGCUCUGUGGAGUGUCUUCCCUCUCCCUCUCCUGGGUCCUCCUUCGCAGUGGGGAUCUCGGCCUGGCCGGCGUCCCAGACAGAGGGCCCAGAGAUGGGUACGUGCAGACAGGCAGAGCUUGACACGGUGAGUGUGACAGAGGUGAUGAAGGAUUCGGCAGACAGGGAGAAGGCUUAUAUGACCCAGUCCACUGAAUACUACAGUCUGGUGCCUGGGAUAGACCUGGAGGACUCCGACCACGACUCUGAUCACGGCUAGGACCAGGCAGCGUACGUGGGCGUCAACCUGUCGUGAAAACGGACAUAGGUUCACUAGAGAGAGUGUAUGUGUUGUUACAAUUCCAAAUCAACCCCUAGCUCACCACCCCCUUGGUAUGUUACACCUUGACUGAGAUAUCUGGUCAGGAGGAAGACAGAAUGAUAUGUUACACCUUGACUGAGAAAUCUGGUCAGGAGAAAGACAGAAUGAUAUGUUACACCUUGACUGAGAAAUCUGGUCAGGAGAAAGACAAAAUGGCAUGUUACACCUUGACUGAGAAAUCUGGUCAGGAGAAAGACAGAAUGAUAUGUUACACCUUGACUGAGAUAUCUGGUCAGGAGUAAGAGAGAAUGGUAUGUUACACUUUGACGGAGACAUCUGGUCAGGAGAAAGACAGAAUGAUAUGUUACACCUUGACUGAGAUAUCUGGUCAGAAGGAAGACAGAAUGGUAUGUUACACCUUGACUGAGAUAUCUGGUCAGAACACUGAAUAAGCAGUGAGAAUGGAAAACUAUUGUCUCUUUGACUGAAGAAUCACAAUCAUCUAACAGGAAGUGAUGUCACAUUGAGCUCUUCAGGAAGGGCUGACAUCAUCACUCUGAGCUCCACUUCCUGUGGGACCAGAGAGCAGCUCAGUCCACCGUGUGAACAGGACAGGGUAAGGAGAGAACAGGACAGGGAGAGGAGAGAACAGGACAGGGAGGAGAGGACAGGGAGAGGAGAGAACAGGACAGGGAGGAGAGGAGAGGACAGGGAGAG